ACAUAAACAAUGGACAGCUUUAUUAAAUUUCUACUUGACGUUCCGUGAUAUGUAAAUCAUAUUCCAGUUAAUUUUUUAAUGUUUUCGAUAAAACGUGUUUCCUGUUUUCGGGUUGAUCAAAUUUUAUUUUUCACACGAAUUGCCAUGUUAUGCAUAAAAAAUAUCGCAGCAGAUAGCGCUCCCAUCGAGAUCGAGCGCUCUCGUUGCAAAUUUCUCGAGCAAAUUUUCAAGUUAUUGGAUUGAAACUUCAUAUAUGGGCAACGGAUUUUAGAACUCAAUCUUUACGUAUGCAAGGGUUUUUCAUUUGUCGAGAAAAUCCUGUCGAGGAUGGGAUGCUUUUGAGAUAGUACAAAAUUUCUCAGACUUGGAUAUAUUCCCGCUUCCUCUCUUUUUCUCUUUCUCGACAAAUCAUGGCCCGUCGGGGAAAGAGAAACCUGAAACUCCAAGUUUCCGACGACGUUCCUAUACCCAUAACUCCACCUAGAAAUUUGGACAAACGUACAACCAUAACUAUUGGUGAAAAAACGUUUGAUGUGGAAGCGGAUGAUCUGGAAACUCUUUGUAUUCUUGGGAGAGGAGCUUAUGGAGUUGUGGAUAAAAUGCGCCACAAACAAAGUGGCACGAUAAUGGCAGUGAAACGAAUCACUGCGACUGUAAAUACGCAAGAGGAAAAACGCUUGUUAAUGGAUCUUGAUAUAUCGAUGAGAAGCUCGGCGUGUCCUUACACGGUGCAAUUUUAUGGUGCCUUGUUCCGAGAGGGUGAUGUCUGGAUUUGCAUGGAAGUUAUGGACAUGAGUCUAGAUAAAUUUUAUGCUAAUACUUAUAAACAUGGCCAUUCGAUACCCGAGGAUAUAUUGGGAAAAAUAGCCUUUGCGGUAGUGAGCGCAUUGGACUACUUGUACUCCCAGUUGAGAGUAAUACAUAGAGAUGUCAAGCCUAGCAAUAUAUUGAUAAAUCGUGAAGGUCAAGUGAAAAUUUGCGAUUUUGGAAUAUCCGGUUAUCUUGUUAAUUCAGUAGCGAAAACCAUCGAUGCAGGGUGUAAACCAUACAUGGCUCCAGAAAGGAUAGAUCCUUCGGGCGACCCGUCUCACUAUGACAUUAGAUCCGAUAUUUGGUCUCUGGGAAUAUCUCUUGUAGAACUUGCAACAGGAAAGUUUCCCUAUGAAUCUUGGGGCACACCUUUCGAACAAUUGAAACAAGUCGUUGAAGACGACCCACCGAAAUUACCGGCUGGCAAAUUUUCUCCGGAUUUUGAUGAAGUUAUAACCAAGUGUCUGAUGAAAGACUACACGAGUCGACCAAAUUACAGUCAACUUCUGGAGCUGAAAUUCAUCCGAGAGCAUGCAACAAAAGAUACCAACGUCUCGGAAUUCGUCGGGGAAAUUCUUGACUUAUCAGAGAAUCAGCAGGCCUCAUAGUACAUAGAAAUAUUGGAUAAUAGUUCACCCAAAGCCGGCAUUAAAGUAAACCCAAAUUUGCGAGUCAGCUCAACGGCGAUUGUUCGCGUUGCCUCGUCGGAAUGUUAUUGUCGGAUUCUUUAAACGUCCACAGAGUCGCAUCGUAAUUGCGCUUUAAUAAUUAACUCCCAGAAUCGACGAUCGUCCAAAUUCGUCCAACGUUCUUAGACUCGUCCAUUAGCGAAUUGAACCAGAAAACAAAUCCUCAGUGUUCAAAUUUCGUAAAUAUGCGAUUUCAUGGAGAGUGUGAAAAGAGGAUAUGGAAAGAUAAUCAGAGAGAAUGAGAGAGCGAAUGAGAGAGAGAGAAAGUAAAAUAGUGAAUGCAAAACGUAUGUGAAUUUAAUAAUACUUAAUUGUGUAAAUCUUCGUUUGAGAGGAUUUUAAUGAGCGAUGAUCUAUAAAAUUAUAACUUAGGCAUACUCGUUAAUCAUGAAAGCGUCUAAAAAAAAACUUUUUUUUUUUCAAUAAAUUAAUAGCACGAUCGUUGCCAUCGUUUUUUAAACAUAUUCUUCGAAUAAAAAUACGUGAGACAGCAUGAUUGAUGAAUGUCAAUAAAUUCGCGGUUACGAGUUGUAGAAAAAUUGUCACAUUUAUGAAAUUAUUGAUUGACCGAUUGUAAAUAUGUUUGUACUGAUAAGAAAAAAAAUGUUAGAAUGUCAAUUGAAAAAAGAUGAUGAAUUCAAUCGCAGUUUAUUGUUGAAUAAUCGAUCACGUAGGAAAAAAAUACAAAAAAUAGCAAAUA